AUGAAAAGGCUCUUCGAGGUGUGUUGGAAGCUUGUGCAUUGCGCUCUUGGAUUUGCCUCCGCUGACAUUUACCUCGCAUCUUCACUAGAUUUUCUGAGCCUAUCCCGCUCAACCAUCGACGAUUCAAUUACACAGCAUUUGAAUGCCUUGAUUACACCCGCCCGAGAGGGGUUCGACCCAUCAUCGACCGCCGUGCGACAAACCGAUUCCAGAAGUCAUAAGGUCACCAACCCCGAAGCUUGCCAGGGCUUCAAGGAGAACGUUUUGUUUGCCUCAUGGCAAACUCGCUCAGAUGUCCUAACUUACUGCGCUGGAGUGGCUACCAGUCCCGAUCCCGAUGAUCCGGACUUGAUUCUGCGAGAGACCGAAUCCGCCCGGGACCGAGAACGAGUUGUCGAUGAACGACUGGACCCAUAUUCGGCUCGUUUCUUCCCUAAGGAACCUCGAACUGAGUCACUGGCUAAUUUGGUUCGCAAUCAGCGCACUGUGGAAGAAAUCAUACGGGCUCGCACAUGGGGGCUAGUAACGGAGAGAUGUGGCGCUGGAUCUUCAUGGGAAGAUGCUCUCAACAGCUGGCGACACAAGCACCAACGAUGA